AUGGCGUCCAAGUUCUGGGGCAAAGGCUCUGACAGCGAGGAGGAAUCGAGUGAGGAGGAGGAGACCACUAGCAGCGAGGAGGAGAGCUCGUCGGAGGGAGAGUCCAGCGACUCCUCCUCCUCCUCCGGAUCCUCCGAUGACUCCAGCAAGCCCAAGAAGGGCGGCGCCAGCCGCUUCCUCAUGGGCUCGUCAGACUCGGAGUCGGAGGACGAGCGGCGCGUGGUGAAGAGCGCCAAGACCAAGGCGGUGGAGGAGCUGCAGAACACGUGCAACGACAUCCGCAACAAGAUGAACAUCAACGACUGGUCGGUGAUCCAGACGUUGUUCGACAAGCUGAACAAGCAGCUGGAGAAGACGAUGAAGGCCACGGGCGCGCUGGGCGUGCCCCGCGUCUACAUCCGCCUGCUGGUGGAGCUGGAGGACUUCCUGGCCAAGACGCUGGCGGAGAAGCCCAAGCUGUCGCCCACCAACACCCGCGCGCUGAGCCGGAUGAAGCAGCAGCUGCGGCGCCACAACGCGGGGUACGCGGAACAGAUCGCGGCCUUCCGCGAGAACCCCGUCUCUGACAGCGAGCCGGAGAGCGAGGCUCCGCCGAACGACGACGGAAAGUUCCGGCUGGCGCGCACUGGCGUGGUGGCGCGGCCCAAGGACCGCGUGCUGACCAUGGACCCCAAGGAGAUCACGUACGAGGUGGUGUCCAAGAAGCUGCGCGAGAUCGCGCUAGCGCGGGGCAAGUCCACGCGCCUGGACCGCCAGGAGCAGGUGGAGAUGCUGGCGCACCUGGCGGGGCUGGCGCGCGGCCCGGCCCAGCGCCUGCAGGUGCUGGUGGCCAGCCUGACGGUGGUAUUCGACAUGAAUCGCCCCACCCAGGCGGCCAUGACGCCCGGGAACUGGGCGCGCUGCGCGGCCACGCUCUUUGACAUCCUGGCCCUGCUGGAGGCGCACCCCGAGCUGGAGCUGCGCCUGGACGACGAGUGGAACGGGAGCCUGAAGGGGCUGGACCCCCACGCGCACGAGUACAUGGACAGGCUGCGCGACGAGACGGUGCUCCUGGCCCUGGCGGCGGCCGUGGCGCAGCGCUGCGAGGCAACGGGGGCUUUUGGCGCCCUGGCCACCGUGUCCUUGCGCCGCAUCGACCACCUGUACCACAAGACGGCGCCGGAGGAGGAGGGCGGGGCGGCGGAGGGGUUCGAGCCCCGCGACGGGUCCGCCGCCGGCCCUCCGCCGCCGGUGGUGCGCCUGCCCCCGGGCUUCGCGCUGCCCGCCGACGCGGCCGCGUCGCUGGAGGCCCUGGUGCGCACCGUCUACGCGCAUGGCACCGACAACCAGAAGGGCCAGGCGCUGCUGGCCUCGGUGUACUGGCGCGCCGUGCACGACGACUACCACGGCGCGCGCGACCUGCUGCUCAGCUCCCGCAUCCAGGACCAGACGGGCGCUCUGGAGAACCGGCUGCAGGUGCUGCACAACCGCGCGAUCGCGCAGCUGGGCCUGGCCGCCUUCCGCGCGGGCCUGGUGCCGGACGCCCACGCCUGCCUGGCUGACCUGUACGGCACCGGGCGGGUGAAGGAGCUGCUGGCCCAGGGCAUCCAGGCGCACCGCUACGCGGAGCGCAGCCCCGAGCAGGAGGCCAUCGAGCGCCGGCGCCAGGUGCCCUUCCACCUCCACAUCAACCUGGAGCUGCUGGAGAGCGUGUACCUGACUUCGGCCCUGCUGCUGGAGGUGCCCCACGCGGCCGCGAGCGGCAACGCCACGCUGGCCGGCGGCGAGCGGCGCCGCCCGCUGUCCAAGCCCCUGCGCCGCCUGCUGGACAACUACGAGCGCCAGACCUUUGUGGGGCCGCCGGAGAACGUGCGCGACCACAUCAUCGCCGCCGUGCGCGCCCUCAGCACAGGCGACUGGCGCAAGGCAUACGGCUACGUGUCCUCGCUGGCAUGCUGGGCGCUGAUGCCGCAGCGCGAGGCGGUGCUGGACGCCCUGCGCGACCGAUUCAAGGUGGAGGGCCUGCGCACCUACCUGCUCACCUACGCGCGCUACUACUCCUCCCUCUCUGUCGCCGCGCUGUGCGAGAUGUUCGACCUGCCGGAGCGGCGCGUGCACGCCGUGGUCUCCCGCCUGCUGGCCGACGAGGCGCUGGCCGGCGCGCACGACCAGCCCACCGGCACGGUGGUGGUCCGCGCCGCGGAGCCCAGCCGCCUGGCCGCGCUGGCCGCGGGCUUCGCGGACCGUGCCGCGCUGCUGGUGGACCUGAAUGAGCGCGCGCUGGCGCUUCGCACCGGGGGCAGCCCCGGUUUGUGUCUGCGCGAGCGUGCCCCGCGGCACGCGGUGCGCGGCCGACGCUCAGCCCCUCCCUCCCCCCUCUCCCCCUGCUCUAUACCCCUGUCCUGCUGCGACACUGCCCCCUGA